AGGCGAAUUCUGAUACAAUAUUCUGUCAGUAAUAUAACGCAAGUGAGAAAAAGACAUUCUUUUUCUUUAAGAAGGAAAGAGACACAAUGGCCCUUUAAAAUUUCAGCAUAUCAGAGCGUAUCGUUGUAAAUUGAAUUAAAUUUCAUCUGACCUUGAUGUUAAUCUUAUCGCGUUGGUCUUAUCAAUUAAGAAUCUCUAUCGAGUUUGAAUACUUCGUCACCAUUUUAAUCUUUCUAUUACUUGCAAAAAGAUUUUGACGUACAUUCCUAUAGCAUUUAGAGUAUUUCAGGAAUGAGUAUAAUCAUAAUGAUUUUAUUGAACAUAUAACAUGUAUAUCGAUUGCAUGAAUUGUGGGUAUCGUUAUAAGCCACAGAAGAAUGCUUUGACGGACAAGAUUAUAAGAAAAUUUUGAAAUUUUACAAUAACGUUCUCGCAUGGAAUACGUAAGUCGUUUUAUGAAAUUUACUUCCGGAAUCGUGCUGUAGAAAAAUUUAAUUUCCUUUAUAAAACGAGAAAUGAGGGAUUUUUUACGGGGAAUAUGAGUCUGCGUAACAGGACGAACUCGUAGAUAAAGAACCACGAGGAAGGAUGUGACAACAGCUCGUGAUGACGCUUUGUCCUUUUAAGAAAUUUGAUAUUAAAAUUAUUGUAUGACAGUUGGGUUUACAGUAUAUUGACGUCAAUAGGCAAAAUGAGUGUCAUUAGUUUUACUUUACUACCUCCUCAUUCAUAACUGGUGCACGAGACUCUUUCUUCAUUUUUAUCCAUGUUCGAAUUUUACGAUACAAGAGUAAUUCAUGUUAAAUUCAGUGAGGAAUUUGUCUUAUUAAAAAAUUACGCAAAAUAUACCAAAGAUUUUACGCCUAUGCUUACUAAACGUAGUAGUAUUUAUUAAGUACGACAUCGUGUAUUCGUGAGUGGCCUUGUGAAUACGCGCACAACAUGUAACUAACGGAUGACAUCAUUUUGAGAAAUAUUUUAUUUACGUUAUACCACGUUGUGCCGAGUUCUCACUAAUAAUUAAUAAAAAACGGUCGAUUCGAUCGAAAACGAAACGAUUAGUAUUCAUGUAGAAUAAACACGAUGAACGUAGUCUUCGAUAAAAGUGACAUAAUCAAAUGCGAGUACCUAAAGGACGCGAAGAUGGUCUCUCGGAUCCGACCGAUUAAAAUCACUGCCGUAGGCGACGGUAUGGUUGGGAAGACUUGUAUGCUUAUCACAUAUACGACUAAGAAGUUUCCUACGGAAUAUGUGCCCACUGUCUUCGAUAACUACGCGGACAACAUAUGCGUCGAUGGACAGGAGUUCAAUAUGACUUUAUGGGACACAGCUGGACAAGAAGAUUACGAGAGGCUCAGGCCGCUCUCCUAUCCCAACACUGACUGUUUUUUACUCUGCUUCUCGGUGAGCGCACGCAGCUCGUACGAGAAUGUGGCGAGUAAAUGGUAUCCGGAGAUCAAACAUCAUUGUCCUAAUGUACCAAUAGUUUUAGUCGGAACAAAAGGUGACCUCAGGAGCGAGGGGGACUUGGACAUAAUCUCACUGCGUGAGUGCAAGAAAAUGCAGAAGAAAAUUAAAGCUUUUAAAUACAUGGAGUGCUCGGCUGUUAAACAAGAAGGCCUCGAAGAUGUCUUCGUGGAAGCCAUACGGGCAGUAUUAAGAAAACCAUCCUCGACAAAGCUUUGUUGUAUACAAUGAAUUUUCAAUUUCACAUCGGAAGCAUUGAUCGUCCUUUUUUUUUCAAAUAACUGUAACAUUCAUUUUCAAUAUCUACAAAGACCGGACAUGGGAAUAAGGUCGCGUUACAUUUGUUUAGAUAAAUUGAUAUUAUUCUGUAUCAAAAUGUUCGUUUGUACAAUCGCAAUAUUUUAUUUAGGAUAAUCAAAGUAAUUAGACGUAUAGUUUACCGAUUCCCUUCUUGGCCGUGUCUAGUCUGUAUAGGAGGGAGUAUUGAUUAAUGAGCGAAGCAGGCGAAAUAGCCUAACCAAAGACUUUUACAACCACCUUUGUGCCUUUUUCCUGUACAAACUUAAACCUCAUUAUGUAUAUAUUUAUACUACGCCAUUUUUUAAUGAAUUUUCUUAGGUUAAGCCAAUCUGACCGAAUGCUUUUUUAUGCUUAACCCGACGCUAGUCACAUAUGCUUUUUUUUUAACGACAUUGGUCAGGUUGAGUAGUUAAGUAGUCCAGAUUGAACUUUUGUGCUUCAGUUAUCAAUAAACGCAGAUAUAUUUCUAAUUUUUUUUUCAUUAUAGCAUUAUGAAGUUUAUACUAUCCAUUAAUUAUGCUGUUAAAUUUAAUAAUGACAUACACACGCUUGCUAAAUACGGGAUCAUAAUUUUUGUGACCUGAUUAGUGGCAUACUGAAAUAGGACGUCUGACCACGGUGACUAGCGUCGAGUUAACCAUCCUGUCGGAUUAUACUGCGUGUAAUUUAAAUAUAGUUAGCUAUGCGCGAACAGUGUUUGUAAUGAAUAUAUAAAAAUGAAUGCCGAGAAAUGUCUGGAUAUUCAUCCUUCAAAUUCAACAUAUCAUUUGAAGGCAUGGCGUUUCAAUUAUCAAAUGCCGACUAGCAAAAUACUUUUCUACAAUAAUUUUCAUUAAUUGGCUAGAAAUAUAUUUUUUUCAAACUAUAGUA